CAAUUCAGAACUCUAACAGCUUAACUGGCUGUUAUAAUUGGCAGUCACUAAGCCUGUCUUUCGGGAAAUACAGCACACUGUCCUAUUUUAGUCCUACCAUAGUAAGAACUGAGACUCUAAUGUAAAUACUUAUUGCUCUCCUGAACAGGUCCAUGGGCUUGAGCACCUGGGGCAGAGCCCAGACUAGGCUUGAGCUGGCCCAGGGCGUCCUCUGCCCGCCCAGCUCACAAGGUGUGUUUUAGUAAACAGAGGUGAUAAGUUUGACUAGUCACUGUGACGCCAGCAAAACCUGUUGGCAGCCAGGCUGGAAAUGCUACUCCCUUCUGACAGGAAGGGGUAGUGUUGCAUUGAUAACUCCUAGAAGCAGCCUUCUAGGCCCCUGCCAGCCGCCUGCGUGCUGCCAGGCCAGUGGUGGGAUGCUGUGGCGGCUGCUGGGUCGCAGCCCCCGGCACUGGUGGCUGGUGGCUCAGCCAGACCUGCACCCUGCCAGGGCUGUCGGCAACCAAGGAAAGAGUGCCCAGGACACGGCUUUGCAGACACCUGAUCGAGGUUACAAAGCUUUCAAAAUUGACAGGAGGCCUACAGAUUUUGAUAAAAAGGUGUUAGUAUGGGCAGGACGCUUUAAAAAGGAGGAGGACAUUCCCAAGCAUAUAUCGUCCGAGGUCCUCGACGCUGCAAGGAACAGCGUCAGGAUAAAGGUUUGCUACAUCAUGAUUGCACUGACCUUGCUGGGAUGUUUGGCCAUGGUAAUCACAGGCAAAGAAGCUGCUAAAAAGGACCAUACGCUGCUGAAGAUGAACAUAGAAAAGAAGGCCAAAUGGAAGGCUGAAGUGGAGAAAGAUCAGGAGGCAGCUGUUGGGAAGCCACAGUGAUUUGGAACAGAUUUCUUUUAGCAGCAGGACAUAAGUGAUUUUCACACGUGGCGCUUGUACCAGUCUUCAUUUCACUCUUCAGAGCUUUUUCACUGAAAUUCUCUCAGGACAAAGGUUCUACUCCUUAAAACAACACUCUAUACAAACUGAGAAACUUCUAUAGGAACUUCACCAGCUGCUUGCUGUGGCCUUUGGUCUUUGGCACUGAAUUCAUCUGAAAGACAUAAAUCUCUUCUAAACUGGAAAGUGUGGCCAUGGGGCUGUCUUCUUGUAGCCAGGAAAGAUGUGGCCUGACAACAGAAAACAUCCCAUUCUGUGCAAUGCAUCUAGGGCAAACAGCCUUGGCCAAAGUCACCUAGGGCAGAGGGGAAAAGGAGUCUGAAAUAUGUUUUCCAACCACAAAGAGGUCAAGCAUCUCUACGUCUGGGUCUGCUGCCAUCACUGUACCUCCCUCCAUCCCCAGCCCCUUGCAGUAUCCCGUGGCUGAGGAAGAGGGGAGAUGUGAGUAUGAAGAGGGACUGGGAAGAUGAAGUGAGCAGACUGUAACAUCUGAUUUGGACCAAAAGAAGCUUUGGGCCAUAGGAGAUGGUUGUGAUGUGGUUUUGUUGCUGCAGGGCAGCCUGGAGAAUACAUGCCUGGUGCAGGGAUCCUGGCCUGGAGGCAUCUCUUGUCCUGUUGCACCUCACUGGUUCUGAUUUUUCAUCUUCUGCUUCAAGUCACUGUCAUGAAAGUUCUCUAGCACUUGCUUACUUGUGAUUUGAGUCAAGAGUAAUUGUUAAUACAUAGUUUGCUAAAACUAGAUUCUUUUUAAUCAUCAUGGUUCAUUAGCUCAUAAUAA